AUGUGCCGCUUCCUUAUCUACAGCGGCCACUCGCCCAUUUUGCUCUCUCACCUCAUCACCUCGCCCACACAUUCGAUCCUCACGCAAUCCUACGACUCUCGCUUACGAAUCGAUCACACUCGACCGCACAACGGAGAUGGCUUUGGAGUGGGUUACUACACCGCUACUCCGGCUCAUCGACAGACACAUCCCGCCGCCGUGAAACAGGACGAACAGGACGACAUCGAUCUCGGACCGGAACCAUGUAUCUUCACCUCGACUAUUCCUGCGUGGAAUUGCUCCAACCUCGCACGUUYGGCUUCCAAGACCGUGUCGCCGCUCAUCUUCGCUMAUGUACGGGCUUCCACUGAGGGUAGUCUGAGUGAUAGUAACUGUCAUCCGUUUAGCCGUGGCGCUUUGAUGUGGAUGCACAAUGGUGGGAUUGGGGGUUGGAAGUUGGGAGUGAAGRGGAAGUUGGUCUCGGAUGUUGCGGAUCGAUGGUUCGAAGGUGUGCAGGGCUCUACGGAUUCGGAAUGGGCCUUUGCGUUGUUCAUGGACAGUUUGGAGAAGGAGGGUGUCGACGCGGAUGAUCCUGUGCGCCAGAGAGAUGGGUUCGGACAUACAGUGUUGAGGAGGGCUAUGUUGAGGACUAUUGAGAGGAUCAAUGGGUACAUCAAGUCGUUGCCGGCCAGUGCGAGGGAGGGAGGAGAGGUGAGGUCGUUGUUGAACUUUGCGAUUACGGACGGGAAGAGCGUGGUUUGCACAAGAUACGUGUCGAGCAAGACGGAUGAGGCRGCGAGUCUGUUCUUUUCUUCGGGGACAAAUUGGAGGGAGACGACGCCAAGCACGGGAGGCAGGGCUGGAAUUGGAAAGGGAGAGUACAAGAYGGAGAGGAGAGAUAAGGGUGCGGAUAUUGUGCUCGUAGCGUCGGAGCCGUUGACGUUUGAGAGGGACAACUGGGUGACGGUGCCGACAAACUCGGUCCUGACGAUUCACAAGCGGAAUGUGUUGAUCCACCCCAUUCUGGACGAGUUCUACAACGAGAGAGCUGGAUUUGUGAGGAACGAAGGAUUCGCCAAGGGCAGUGGACAGGUCGUGCCGGGCGAUAUGAGCGAAGUGGUGGGAUGUGGAGGAGCCGCGGCUGCGCCUGUGGUCGUCGGAGUGGCUUGA